AUUUUAUCACUAGGCAACCAUCAUAAUUAUCACCAUGACGAUCACAUGGAGGAUGAACAGGACACCGACCACUCUCAUCAUAUUGGUUGGGUUCAUCACGAUGACGAUGAAUCUGAAAAUCACUCAAACGAAGGAGAGCGGCAUGGAGGCCAUCACGACGAUGGAGAGGAAUAUCACGAAGAGGGUCACCAUGGUGAUGACGACGUUCACGAUCAUUAUGACGAUGAGAUGGAGCACCACGAAGGAGAUGAACAUGGCGGCGGCCAUCACGGUCAUGACGACGUCCACGAUCAAUAUGACGAUGAAAUGGAACACCACGAAGGAGAUGAACAUGGUGGCGGCGAUCACGGUCAUGACGACGUACACGACCAUUAUGACGAUGAAAUGGAGCACCACGAGGGAGAUCAGCACCAUGGAAUGAAUAGAGCGUGCAAGAAAAGUGAUAUAAACUGCUAUGCUAAACCAAUCGAAGUCAACAUAAAAUCAAAAAGUGACCACAUUGGUGUAAAUGACCUGAAAGAGAUACAAAACAUUAUCAAUGGACGUCCGUUUCACAAAGAGUAUGACGAACGUAAGAACGAUGGAGAACACUUCCAUCGCACCCACGAAGAUAUUGAAAUAGAUGGAGCACCUGAUAACAAAGAAAGCGCGGUGGAGGAGAGUGUAGAUGAUCGCAGUGAUGUUGAACGAGAUGGAGGUACUAGAGAAAGUUCUGAUCGCAUGGACAAUCAGCACAAUGAAGGAGGGUUGGAAGAAGGCGAGCCUGUUGAAGGAGAGCAGGGAAAUAGAAAGACUAACUUUGUCACUGACGCAAAAGAAGCUGAUACUGUUUUACCAGAGCAGUACAAAGAAGAAGAAAGAAAUCGUUUUAAGGAAACAUUAAGCAAAGAAACAAAAGCUCUUGCAGAUUUAUACAACCAUCCAGAAAAUGAUGGAGAUAACACAAAAGGGCCAGAAGAAAAAUUUAUGGAGAAAGCAUCAAAAUUGACUGGAACGAAUUGGGGUUUAAAUCGGAGAGGUUAUCAAAGAACUAUCAUUGCAAAAAGUCCCACGAGCGGUAUUCAUUUAGGUAGAAAUGCAAGAUACAUUUCCUCUCAGGUGAAAUCAUAUCAUUUUGACAGAACUAAAAAACAACAUCACCAAAAGAAAAACUCACAUCUUAAAUCUCGAAAAUAUAGGAAAAAACAACAUGGUCGGAAACUAAUGCAGAAAACACAAGGCAAUGCUACGAGUAAAAAACAUAUAUUACCAUUUGGUGAGAAAAUAAACUUUCGUGAAUUAACAUGGUUAAUGAACAAGUCUCCAGAAGCAAUAUCCAGGCAAACGGACGAUAAAUUCACAGACCAGAAUAAAGUAAAGCCAGAGAGCGAAGUGGAUGGUUACGCAAAAGAUAGAUUAAAGAAUGAAUGGAAUGAAGAAGAGAAUAGAUUUUCUGAUCGUAUUAAAAACUGGAAUAGAAAACACAAAAGCAAGGAAAAUGCGCCGUCUAUUAGUUGGCAUGGUAACAAUGACAAUCCGUCAAUACAUGAUACAAGAGAAGAUGAAAAUAUAAAUGACGACAGCGAAAAAGAAAAAAGUCGCUAUUAUGACAUGGACAAAAGUGACCAAGCCUUUUCAAAUAAACAUCGCGAGAACCCUGGGAAACACAACGGUUUUGCGUCUUUUCCACAUGAGCCAGUGCACUAUCAAACUCACCAUCACGGUUUUCAUAAACCAAGUCGUCAAUCACACAAUAAUGAAAAGUCAGAUAGACAAGCACGUUAUGAACCAUCUGAUAGACAUGAUAAUGAUGAGCUCUCAGAUGAAGAAAACAGCGACCUGAAAAAUUCGGAAAGUGAAAUUAUCCAAGAAGAGAAUAAACAACGACAAGACGAGGAAGACCGUCGUUACCAUGGUGACAACAAUAAUGACGCGGACAGCUAUCAUGAUGACGAUAUUUAUGAGAAGAACAAUAGCAACAUUGAACGACAAAACGAUGAUGGCUACGAAAAUGACGUUGAACACCCAGGAAGACGUUACGACAAUUAUCAAAAUAUUGAUUACGACGACGACGACGGCGAUAAAGAUGGCGGAAAUCCCCAUGGUUACAGAAAUGAAAAAGAAGAUGAUGUGACAUUAAAACAUGUCAAUAAGACUGGUAAAUAUCCAGCGGAUAGUAAUAUGGAUAACACAACUGUUCAUGGUGCGAAUAUCUCCUCCGUAUCUCAUGGUUGUAACUUAACAAUUAUGGAUAAUAGCACCAUAGACUUAACUCAACUCGUUAAUGCAUCGAAUAUAACAUCUAUGGAGGAGAGGACGGAGGAAGAUCAACCAAGUAAAACUGGAAAUUUUCAUGAAAAGUUAAGAACAAACGAACAGCUUAACAUUGGUGCAAAGAACAACACCAUGGAAAAGAACGACACCAGAGAAAAGAACGACACGACUGAAAAAAACGACGUAGACAAAAAAUAUGACCAACGGGAAAAAUAUGACGUACGUGAAGAAGAUCAAAGGAUAGAAAAAGGGAAAGAGAAUGACAACAACGAAACUAAUAACAAAACCCAGCAGAAUCAACAACAACAUGGAAUGAAAAAUGCCUAUCACGAUGAAGAAGAUUUUAAAAACUUGCAUGUCGAAAAAAUUCCAUGGGGAAUAAAACGAAGCCAAGCUAGUGGGACAUAUAUAAACCAAGCAAGCAAGACAAGUAUUAAAACUAUUUCAGAUGGGUUUGACGCAGUUGUUAAUUCUAAAUUUGGUCAAUAUUCUGCGAACACAAAAAACGGUCCAAAAUUCAAGUUAUUCCAGGGACUUAGAGCAAACAAAGGAUACAAGCGAGCACUGAGUCAAGUGGGUGGAUUAAAUUAUCAGAGCAGUGAUGCCACGAAAAGCAUGCAAGAGCUGCAAUGGUUGCUUAGCAGUCCGGAACCUAACAUGGGUAGGAAUGAGGAAGCCGUCGAUAACAACUUUGAAGUUUUUAAUCCAUCAAAUCAGUUGGACACCCAGGGCGAUGAUAGAUCAAUCACGCCCUGGGUUAACAAGAAUUUAUAUCCCAACCUCCAUGAUGAUUCGUACCAGCCAAGCGAUAGCGGAGACGAAUACGACUAUUCGGAUAGGUCGGAGAGAACUGAACAUAAUAAUAUGGAAAAUAAUUAUCGACCUUAUCGCCCCUAUAAAAGGGGAAGAUAUUUGCGUCGAAAUCCUUGGUAUAUUACAGGUUAUGAAAGAGAGGACAUCGCACAGCGAAAAAAGGCUAAACAUGACGAGAAGCACUUUCCAUUGGUGGAAGAACAUAACGGUCAUGGUCUUCACCAGACUCCUAAAGAAAAAAAAACAGAGGACGGAGAAUUUAAAAGCCACCACAAAGAAAAAGAAGUCGAUAAUUUCAAGGAGCACGAAGAAAGAGAGAAACAUGAAAGAGAGGCUCAGCAUUUAGAAGAACUUGAGGGUAACCAUGAUCAUAAGGCGCACGAGGAGAAAGAAAGACAUAAAGGAGGAGAGCAUGAGCUUGAAAGGGGAGAACAUGAACAACAGCAAGAACAUAGAGAAGGUAUGACAAUACAUAAACCAGAAGAAGAACACGACGAAGAAGAACAUGAAGAGCACAAAGAAGAAGAGCAUGAGGCACAUGAAGAUAAAACCCACCAUAAGGAACACGACAAAGGAGAGCAUGAAAUGGAAGAACACGAACUUGAUGAACACGAUGAGCGACAUGAAGAACAUGAUGAUCUUCAUAAAGAGAAGCAUCAUCAUAAAGAACCAGACGAAGAAGAGCACGUGAUAGAAGACCACGAGGAAAAAGAACAUACUGGUGUUUAUGAAGAAAAGCACCAUCAUGAAGGACCCAAAGAGCAUAAAAUGGAAGAACACGAAAAACAACAGGAAGAACAUGAUCACGGUCAUGAAGAAAAGCAUCAUAAUAAAGAACACGAAGAUGGAGAGGAGAUAGAACACAAGCCUGAGAAGGAAAAGCAUGGUGAAGAGUUUCACAACACAAACCAUGAGGAAGACGAACACUUUCACGAAAGUCAUAGAGGACGUAAAGAAGAGCAUGAAAAAUACAGAAAAGAACACCACCAUGACUACAAAAACACUGAGAGGAAUGAUGAUCAUGACAGAAAUGACCAUCAGGAGGAGGAGGACGACGAAGAGCACCAUAUGGGUGAAGACAUACACGGGUGGUCAGGAUAUAGUAAAGAUCAUUUAAAACUAUUCAAUCCAAACUUCGCAGAAUCGUUAAUACCACGUGAAUUAAAAGAGCUGGAAGAGAGACGUCUUCAGCACAAAGUGAAUAAGGAAACAAAAGAAUUGAUGCAUCUUUUCGAUGAUAUCGCGGACCACAAAGUGAAAGAGCCCGAAUCAAGAUUCAUUGGAGAGGCUUCCCAUCUUAUCGGCACGAAGUGGGGUCUUAACGGAGACUUAGGGUAUAAAGUUUAUUAUCCACACAUACCUCAUGGUGAUCACGAGUUUCAUCACAUUGUUGUAAAUAUCAACGACGAAGGUGUGCACGAUUAUAACUCCCACACGGAGGAUGAUUACUCCAGGUACCGGCAACAUGACCAGUAUGAAAAUGGCUAUAAAAGGAGCCCAGUACAAAUGCUUCCGAAAAACCUAAAUACUAAGCCGAACGUACGUAUAAACAGUUUUCCACUGUCGAUAUUAAAUACCAAGACAGGAAAGUAUACAAACAAAAAAGUAAAAUUGAAAAGAAGAAAGAAACAUUCCAGUAAAAAGAAUAUUUUUAAAAAGAAAUUUAAAAGUUUUGAAAUUGGAGUAAAGAGAGAUUUGUUGUUUCAAAAUUGUGGAAUGCAAGGUGAAUAUAAGGAAGGAGGUGAGAUGGACAUAGCAAUUGAUGAUGUGAAGUUCAAACCGAACUGUGGACAGGUCGAAGCACAAAAAGACUUGCCCACAGAGAGAGAUUCUCCAACAAAAAGUGAUGAAAGAAUUGCAAACAUGUUGUAUACAGAGGUAGAUGACGCAGAUCAUCACAGGUUUGGAGAUCCUGAAGAGUCAACAGGAAAAGAAUAUAAGCCCAUUAAAAACCAAAAAGAAAGUAUGUUUAAUAGUAAUGACAAUAGUCAUUUCUCCGACGACGUCUACCCUCGUCACGACGAUAAUUAUCAGUAUGGCGAUGAAAGACGGCGUGCGCAUGACCGCAUUAAUGAAGUAAUUGAUCGAUUCGAUAAUAUGCAGGAAGGAUCGAGAAAAGAUCGAACAUCGCACGAUACAAGUAGUGAGCAACUGCAGUGGGAUCAAGAUGAACGUGAUAAUGAUGAUCAUGGCAAAACACAAAGUUUACAAAACGAUCACAGCGAUGAAGACAAAAGUCACCAAGAUGGAGAGCAUGUUGAUGACGACCACGAAGGAGAACAUAAAAGUGAUAAAGAUGAUCAUGAGUUUAAUGAUGAUGAGCAUGCUGGGAAAAGUGAUCACCAUGGUAACAAGGAAGAACAUGAAGAAGAACAUAAAGAAGGUAACCAUGGCGAUAACAGUCACGAAGAUAUUGAUGAACAUAACAUGGUGACCGGGCAUUACCACCCGCAUGAUAUUACGUCACAUCACAAUCACGGUGACAUCGAUGAUCAAUUUCAUAAUUACAUGCGCCACUCCAGACAGGCCCAACAUCUACCAUCUAUUGGAUACACUUUGGAUCAUUUACAUGGUCAUGAGAUUGGCUACACAAAAAAUCAAAACACGGCAAAUAGUUGGCAUGGUAACCAUGACUACGGACAUGAUUACUUAGAAGGAGGACAUGAUGGGAAAGGGUCGAUGGGGGGCUUUUCUGCGGGAAGCCACGGACAUGGAGGUUCUUCUGGUGAUAAAGGGGUAGGUUACUAUGGUCCUACCGAAAAUGAUGGUGUUCAUUCCACUGUCAGUAAUGAGGGUCAUGUAAUGCCAUUAUUUACAUACGGCGGACAUACAGAUGGACAUCACAAUGUAGACGAUUAUGGGCAUGACGAGAGCAGUGCUUUUCAUCACGGCGUUCAAGAUGGAAUGCCAGUGGACGACCAUCCAGCGCAUUAUUUAUUCAGACAUUUUACACCAGGUGGAGACUUUAGUGACCUCAGCUUUGAACAUAGCUUGGAUGAUCAUCUUGCGCAUCACGCAAUGCAUGGUGGAUUGCAAAAUCACCAUGACGACCAUCACACCCAUCAUGGACACCAUCAUUUAAACGAAGAAGAUUUCCAUCAAGUAAAUCCCUUAGAUUAUCAUAUUCCAGAAUUUCCAGCAAGAAAGAACAACUAUCAAACCAAUCAUUUCUUUGAGCACGAAACACAACGCAUAGCACAACAUGUUAAUGAAUUCCCAUUAAUCUCUGAUAAGCAGACCGUUCAUCCCAGUGUCUUUCAAGAUCAAAUGGAUAUGCUGCCUUCUGUCUCAGAUUUCAAAACCUUGUCGAUACAUGGCAUUCGCCAUGUCAAGGGAGGAGGUCGAUACGCAGCUGGUGGAACUUUGAUCGGAGCAGGAACAGCUGGAUAUGGCGCCGUAGGCAGACCAGCGGUAGGCAUCGGAUUGGCAGCAGGAGGCGCUGCUGGUGCAGGUAUCUUAAUGGGCGGAAAAUCGCCUCCACUAAAAGCAUUACUGCAGAAAGCUGCUACUAAAAAUUUAGCCCCAAUUGGAUCCGGUCUAAAAUUAGCUGCGGCACCAAUGGUUAAUAUGGGAUUUCCUCAGUUUCAUAUACCAAAAGCCGAAUCCUUACCAACGCCACCCGAUUUUUACAAACCGCUGCCCUUACCUUUUGGACCAAAUCCGUACCAAAUACUAACUUCAGAAGGAUUAGGAUUUAAAGAUACACCACCACCACCUCCACAACCACCACCAAGUUUUUCAAUGGCAUUUUUCAACAAGUUAACAUCUGAAGGAAAUCCUAAACCUCAAAAAGCAGAAAAACCGCCACCAGAUUCUCCACCUGCUCUUCUUCCAGAUCCAAAGCCUCCUCCUCCUCCUCCUCCACCACCACCGCCGCCACCUCCACCACCACCACCACCACCACCACCUCCACCACCACCGCCACCACCACCAAAGAGUGAUGAUAAACCAGAAGAUAAACCUCCAAAGGGAAAGCCAAAACCAGUGGAGGUUUUAAUUUCUGCGGCUAAAAAACCAGAUAAAAAGCCAGACAAAUCACCGGAUAGAAAGCAGAUGUUGUUGUGGAACCCAUUGAUGCCAAUAACUCAAGAUGUUCCUACAUCACCGUUACCAAAGUUAUUGCAAGCGUUAAAUGAAAUGACGAAAAGGUGAUAUCAAUUAAUGCAUCGAUUUGCAGAUGGCGAAGUAAUGAGAAAAAGUGUUGAAUGCUUAAAAUUAAGCCAUUAAGAAGAAAGAAUGAAAACAAUUGUUGCAAUCGAAGAAUGAAAUAACUAAGUGAUUGAACAAUUGUUAAAAUUUUUUAGGUACAAUGACGAAGAAAUAAAAGCAAUUGUUCUAAAUGUUAAAUGAAACGUUGAAAAGAUAGUAACAAUGGUUCAGAAAGUUAGGUGAACUAUUAAUGAAAACAUUAUUAACAGGCGCUGCUGUAUCCAGGAGAUACAAAGACUCGGAAAUAAAAAGAUUUCUUUAUUGGUGGACGGAACCUUUUCUUGAGAACUACACCGUUGUUAAGGCUCGAUCAAAACACUACUUACAUUAAGGAGGCUUGAGCCUUCUUGGUCACACCUAUACAUCUAUGUAUGCAUUUUUAUUAUCUUGUUGCUUCAUAAAGAAAUAUUGUUUGCAACGUUUUUCAAUCAGAGUGAAUGUGAUACUGAUCAGUCUAUUUCGGCAUCAUGUUAAAAAACUUUGUUUCUCCAGUAACCAAACUUUUUCAAGCAGAACGAGUUUGGGAGUUUUACUCACAACUGGGUGAAUUUUCCAGCAAUCGGAAAUUACAUUGAUUUAUCAAAGAUUUAACCUCCUGAAUAAUAGAGAUGGUAUACAUAUGAUACCAGUCGCUAUUUCCGCACCACAUGCUAUUGGAGUUAAAAGAACCAAGAAAGGAAAAAGACACAUCAAUUUAACUUCAGACCGACAUUUUAUGCACUGAUUUCAAAAGGACAUUUGCAUCCUAACUACAGAUCAGGGAAUGAAACAUAAUUUUUGAAUAAAUAGAUUUUAUCCUAAUAGUCAUACAAAUAAUUUCUUAACCAAUCAAAUUUUUUUAAUAGCUCUACGGAGUUUUUUUUUAUCCAAUCACAUUUUUUAGUUGCUAUAUAGAAAUGUUCCUGUCCAAUCACAAUUUAAAAAUAAAAUUAAUUGGUCAGGUUUAGUCUCUAACAUGUUUAGUGUGCCCUAAAAAAAUUGUGCAGUUUGUUGCUUAAUUUUUUUUUCAAAUAUCCUAGAUUAUCGAAAAAAUACUUCAUGGAUGCUAAACACAACAGACAGACUAAUUCAGUAUUUUUUAAAUGUCAAAAUAUAACUCAUCAGAUUGAGAUCAGAAAAGCUAUAUCAUUUUCUAAAAAAUAGUGUAUUAUUUUUUUAUGUAUUUAUUUAUUUUAUAAUUUUAACGUCAGAAAAAUAAUAAUAAUAUUUUUUAUAUUUAGGGUAUUUUUUAAUGAAAUAACUUUUGAUUAUUUCAUAUGUCAACAAAUGGUAUUUAGGGGUGGGAAAAGCUUUUCCUAAAUUCUAAGGCACUCGUUAUAUUUCAUCAUAAG